GCGCGACGCCGCGCCAUUCAAAUCUUCGCCACCGAUGCGAGACUACCGCUCCCAAAAUUUUCGAAAAUAAUCAAUUUCGUUCGAUGUCCAAAGCUAUCAGUAUUCAGAACACGCGUUGUGCCUAGGCCGUCCGCGGCGACGCGCCACUGACACAUUUCUGCGGUUUCGCGCGCUGUUUGAAUUUAGAAUAGUUUUCCAUUUGUUAUUUUUUUUCCAAAUCGUGAAUUCAAUAUUUUUGUGCCAGUAUCACGUGUAUUAUUUUUCGGAAAAUUGUGAGUUUUGUCAUCUCUGGUUCCGGUGAUACAACCUCGUAAAGAUGGAAAUGAGGAGAUACAAGUCGAGGGGUACAUCGUUCCUAACAUAUUGGAUAUUCCUUUUACAAAUGCUGGAAAGCGCGCGCCGCGGUGCGGAAGGUCAUGGCCGGCUGAUGGAUCCCCCAGCCAGAAACUCCAUGUGGCGGUUCGGGUUCCCCAAUCCAGUCAACUAUAACGACAACGAGCUCUUCUGCGGCGGGUAUGCCGUCCAGUGGGAGCAAAAUGGUGGUAAAUGUGGCGUGUGCGGAGAUGCGGAUCAUCUGACGAUACCGAGGCCGCACGAAGCUGGCGGCAUGUACGGGAAGGGCAUCAUCACCAGGCACUACAGCGUGGGACAGGAAAUAGAAGUUGAAGUAGAGUUGACUGCAAACCAUCUUGGGACCUUCGUAAUGAAGCUCUGUCCAAACAAUAAUCCUAAGCAAGAGGCCAGUCAAGAAUGCUUUGACAGGUUUCCUCUCUUUAUAUCUGGAACUAGAGAAGAUAGAUUCCUGAUUCCUUUGGACACGGAGAAGAAGGAAAUAUUCAGGUACCGUGUAAGGUUACCACCAUAUGUCACGUGCACGCAGUGUGUACUGCAGUGGACCUAUUAUACAGGUAAUAUGUGGGGCAUUUGCGCCAACGGCACGGAAGCGGUAGGAUGCGGUCGCUCGGAGACAUUCCGGAACUGCGCUGACAUCACCGUGGUGACCAGCACUGGUGGAGUACCACCAGCCUUCAUUGGAAGCAACUUGAGGGACAAUCCAUACCAACUAUUCUACAGAGAUUACAGUAUGCCCCAAACUGUAUACCCACUCAUUGUCAGAAAAAUACAUUACGAUGCGCAGAAGGCACCUUUACAUGCGAUUAGCAAUGAUAUAUCUGACACUGAGGAGGAAUUUACUGAACCAAUUGUGAUUAGGGACCAGGUGUGUGUGCCGACUGAUAGCUUCCGCGUGAUCCCUGGUAUGCUGAGCUGGUGCCAAACCAACUGCCUUCGAUACCCGCCCAAUUGUCCUGUGGCGUUAUGUCAGUGCCCGCAAGUGUGUGAAGCUAUCGGAGAGCUGGAAGGUCGCGAUGGUGCGGAUGUGUACUGCAUGGACCAAUGCAUCGUAUACCCUCCCAAGUGCCCCAGCAAUCGGUGUCGCUGCUACGAGGAACAAUACGGCAGAUUCACAAAGAUGAGAUCAGAAAACCACGUCACUCUCGAUAGAGUUUUUUACUACGCGGGUAGUUCGAAAUAGACGUGAUUGUUACGUGAAAAUCCUAUCUUAAAAAAAAACUAUGUUGAAUGUUCAA